GGCGCGCAGCGGAGAAACCAAACUUUGGCGGGCAAUCAUCUUGGAGGCUAAAUGUGACAACCAAGAAGAUGGCCAAGAUCAACACCGAAUACUCCCACUCCUCCCUGACCUGCCCUGCAGUAAAGACCUCGGACAGAGAUCUUGAUCGCGCUGAAAAUGGCCUCAGCAGGGCCCACUCGCCGCUGGAAGAAGCAUCGUCAGCCCUGCAGCCAGGGAUCGCCAUGGACGCCAGAGGACUGGCUGCGGCCCGCCAAAGCCCCUUCGCCGGCCAGGGGCCCGCCAGGUUGUCGCGCCUCAUCGUCUCACUGCGCGCGUGGGCCGCCAGGCACUUACACCAUGAGGACCAGAGACCUGACUCUUUUCUGGAGCGUUUCCGCGGAGCUGAGCUCAAGGAGGUGUCCAGCCGAGAAAGCAAUGCCCAGGCAAGCAUGGGCAGCCUGGAGCCACCAGACAGAGGGAGAGGGAAAAAGAGGAAGAAGAAGGACCCGGUCGUGGUGGACCCCUCCAGCAACGUGUACUACCGCUGGCUGACUGUCAUCGCCCUGCCCGUCUUCUACAACUGGUGUCUGCUCGUGUGCAGGGCCUGCUUUGAUGAGCUUCAGUCUGAGUACCUGGUGCUGUGGCUGGUCCUGGACUACUCCGCCGAUGUCAUCUAUGGCUUGGAUGUGCUGGUACGAGCCCGGACAGGUUUCCUUGAGCAAGGCUUAGUGGUCAGGGAUGUUGAGAGGCUGUGGAAGCAUUACACAAAGACCUUGCACUUCAAGUUGGACGUGUUGUCCCUGGUCCCCACGGACCUGGCUUACUUAAAGCUGGGCAUGAACUACCCAGAACUGAGGUUCAACCGCCUACUGAAAAUUUCCCGGCUCUUCGAAUUCUUUGACCGCACAGAGACAAGGACCAACUACCCCAAUGUGUUCAGGAUUGGGAACUUGGUCCUGUACAUCCUCAUCAUCAUCCACUGGAAUGCUUGCAUCUACUUUGCCAUUUCCAAGUUUAUUGGUUUCGGGACAGACUCCUGGGUCUACCCAAACAUCUCAAUCCCAGAGUAUGGGCGCCUCUCCAGGAAGUAUAUUUACAGUCUCUAUUGGUCCACCUUGACCCUGACCACCAUCGGUGAGACCCCACCUCCCGUGAAAGAUGAGGAGUAUCUCUUUGUGGUCAUAGACUUCUUGGUGGGCGUUCUGAUUUUUGCCACCAUUGUGGGCAAUGUGGGCUCCAUGAUCUCGAACAUGAAUGCUUCACGGGCAGAGUUCCAGGCCAAGAUUGACUCCAUCAAGCAGUACAUGCAGUUCCGCAAGGUGACCAAGGACUUGGAGACACGGGUUAUCCGGUGGUUUGACUACCUGUGGGCCAACAGGAAAACAGUGGAUGAGAAGGAGGUGCUCAAGAGCCUCCCAGACAAGCUGAAGGCUGAGAUCGCCAUCAACGUGCACCUGGACACUCUGAAGAAGGUUCGCAUCUUCCAGGACUGUGAGGCGGGGCUGCUGGUGGAGCUGGUGCUGAAGCUGCGGCCCACUGUGUUCAGCCCUGGGGAUUAUAUCUGCAAGAAGGGGGACAUUGGGAAGGAGAUGUAUAUCAUCAAGGAGGGCAAGCUGGCUGUGGUGGCUGAUGAUGGGAUCACUCAGUUCGUGGUCCUCAGUGAUGGCAGUUACUUUGGGGAAAUCAGCAUCUUAAACAUCAAAGGGAGCAAGUCAGGGAACCGCAGGACGGCCAACAUCAGGAGCAUUGGCUACUCGGAUCUCUUCUGCCUUUCAAAGGAUGACCUGAUGGAGGCCCUCACCGAAUACCCUGAAGCCAAGAAGGCCCUGGAGGAGAAGGGACGGCAGAUCCUGAUGAAGGACAACCUGAUCGAUGAGGAGGUAGCCAAGGCUGGGGCAGACCCCAAAGACAUCGAGGAGAAGGUGGAGCAUCUGGAGUCCUCCCUGGACACCCUGCAGACUAGGUUUGCGCGGCUCCUGGCUGAGUACAACGCCACCCAGAUGAAGGUGAAGCAGCGUCUGAGCCAACUGGAGAGCCAGGUGAAGAACUGCAGGAGCGGCCUCCUGUCUGACGGGGAGGCUCCUGCGGAGGCGGCAAAAACAGAGGACAAACAGCAGUGAAAAUGCAGCGUCUGUCUCCUGCUUCACAGGCUCAGCUGUCAGUAUGAUGCUAUGUGGCCACCGCUGGGUGCCAUGGAAAUUGGCCAGGG